UCCCAUGAUGGUCAGUUUUAUGAUAGCGACGACUUGGUGCUGAAGACAAUUGCAAAGCAGGUGUCUGCGCAGAUAGAUAGUAUUACUUGUUGUUAUACGAGACCGGAAGAACACUCUACCACCGACUAAAGACCACGACGAGAACGCAGACGCAUACUUCAUAUUAACGGUGAUCGUGGUGCAAACAAAAACAAUAUUAUUUUUUUCCUUUGCAAUUUAAUCUUAAUCUUAAAAAUGGUAUCAAAGUAUCUUUUUAUCUGUGCAAUUGCAUUCGGUUUAUUGGCCUUCGUCGCUUGUAUUCCAAAAGCUACCACUCCGAAAAGUGUUGUAGUUACCGCUGAAGCCGAUCCUAAGCAGCUUUUCCUGGGAGCCCAAGGAAAGGAGACUUCAACGCCAAAUUUUGUUCGACUGGUAGUGAUGCGGAUAAUUUACGGAAUUGCAUCGACAAUGGGUAUGGAGGAACGACUUGCGGACGUAUUCAAUGGAGCCUUUGUGCCUCCGGGUGAGGAUGAUGGUGAUUUUGGACUUGACUUUGGAGGAAUUGAUGGAAUCUUCGAUGAUAGAUAGAUCUUCACUUUAUCCGGAAAUAAGUUGGUGCAAAAGUAAGAUUGUAUAUUUGUUUUACAAGAAUCUGGUGCAAAUAGCUUUAAAAUUUAAGAAAAAAAAAACUUAGAAUUGUAAAUUAUUUAUUUGUAGAAAUUAAGAAAUCUCUUUUUAAAUAAAAACAAAAACACAGUAAUGUGAAUUUUACACAUAAGAACAUCGUUACAUGAUUUACAUAUAUGCAAAUAUUUUUAUUUGUUUAUUUA